CACAAUGAUGAAAGGUUUUUAGGCAGUGAAUACAUACCAAAUUUAUACCGAGUUUGAUAGUGGUUGACUUAAAGAAUCUGUUAGAAAAGGUUACUUCCUGCAAUGUUGAGGAGUGGGCGACCGACCGUCCUGGACAAUCCUUUGGCUGCGAACAACAUUAAAAAUUCCAGAGGAAGACGAAACUAUGAGCCUGAGGAAUUAGAGGAACAGAGACACAGCAAGUGGAGAGACUCUGGUCACAACCUCCGUCCUCAAGAGAGUGACGAGGAGAGACACCUCCGAGAGUAUGUCAAUUCUCGGCGAGUGAUUGAACAUCCCGACACUAAACGCGUGAAAGAAAGUGACCAAAUGUUCUCCAGAGAUAACAAAGAUAGAAAACGGAGUAAGGACAGACAAGGAAGCAAGCGUGACAAAGAGAGGAAGAAAGUACAUCCGGUCGACGAAGUGACAACUUCCCGUCGCUCUCGCACUCCUCGGAGGGCCCGGAAGCCCUCGCCCGUGAGACCCGCCAGUACCUCGUGGACUUGUUAUGACGAAAACGAUACUAGCAUUGCGUAUAUCUUGUACGAGAGGCUGACCAAUGGCGCGGAGGACGAGUGGGAGCACGAGGAGAUCACGCUGGAGCGCGGCAACCAGGGCCUGGGCUUCAGCAUCGCCGGGGGCACCGACAAUCCUCACAUUGGGUCUGACACCUCCAUCUACAUCACCAAGCUGAUACCAGGAGGUGCAGCGGCAACUGAUGGUCGGCUGCAAAUUACAGAUGUCAUUGUUUCUGUUAAUGAGGUCCGAGUUGUAAAUGUUCCCCACAUAACAGCAGUCGAAGCCCUUAAACGUGCUGGCAAUACUGUUCGCUUGUGUGUGAAGCGACGUAAGCGUCCCCCUAAUGUGCAGCUGAUUGAAGUGGAGCUUAUCAAAGGCAACAAAGGCUUAGGCUUCAGUAUUGCUGGUGGUAUAGGGAAUCAGCACAUUCCUGGAGACAAUGGCAUCUACAUCACUAAAAUCAUGGAAGGUGGUGCAGCCCACGUGGAUGGCCGAGUGUGUGUGGGAGACAAGUUGGUUGCUGUCAGAGAUACUCCUUCGGGUGAUGUAAACCUUGAAAAUGUAACCCAUGAGGAUGCAGUUGCUUGUCUCAAAUCAACAAAUGACCGAGUUGUACUUGUGCUGGGUAAGGUGGUUCCCCCCCAGACCAAUGCUACGGACCUUGUCCCUCCCCCCCUUCAGCCUUCCCAGACCCACCAUCACCAGGAUCACACACCUCCUCCCCCAACGCCACCUCCAGCUCCACUUGAUACAUCUUCGGUCCACAACGACCUACUAGUAGAGGCGGAGCCACAGCCUGACGACUUAGUGUCCAGAGAGCCACGUAGAGUGGCCCUCAACAAAGGUACAUCAGGGCUUGGCUUCAACAUUGUUGGUGGUGAGGAUGGGGAAGGUAUCUUCAUUUCCUUUAUUCUUGCUGGUGGACCUGCUGAUCUCUCAGGUGAACUAAGGCGAGGAGACCAGAUCCUUAAUGUAAACGGCACCGACUUGCGAAAUGCAACACAUGAACAGGCAGCACAAACACUCAAGGGAUGUGGGCAGACAGUAAAUUUGACGGUGCAAUAUAAACCUGAUGAGUACAACCGCUUUGAGGCCAAAAUCCAUGACCUUAAGCAACAGAUGAUGUCUGGCACUCUCAGAACCACUCAAAAGCGUAGUCUCUAUGUCCGAGCGUUGUUUGACUAUGAUCCCAACCGUGAUGAUGGUCUGCCUUCCCGAGGUCUUGCCUUUAACUAUGGAGAAAUUCUUCAUGUCACGAAUGCCUCAGAUGACCAGUGGUGGCAGGCUAGACGUGUUCUUCCAACUGGAGAAGAAGAAGGCACAACAGGUAUCAUUCCUUCAAAAGCACGUUGGGAGAAGAAACAGAAGGCACGGCUGCGGUCAGUUGCUUUCCAGGGCAAGAACAACAGUGAUGCAAGGCAAUCAACACUAGAGCGGAAGAAGAAGACAUUAUCUUUCAGUCGAAAAUUCCCAUUCUUGAACAAGAGUAAAGACGAUAAGUCUGAAGAUGGAUCGGAUAAUGAGCCCUCCAUAGCAACAAAUGACGGAGAGAGUGAUAGCCGAAGCAUGCGGGGAGACGACUACAUCAUCCUGAGUUAUGAGGGCGUACAACAAAUAGAGAUCACUUAUACGCGACCUGUGGUGCUCCUGGGACCCUUGAAGGACAGAAUCAACGAUGACCUCAUAUCAGAAUUCCCAGACAAAUAUGGCAGCUGUGUUCCACACACUACUCGACCUCGGCGAGAAUAUGAAGUUGAUGGACGGGACUACCACUUUGUAGCUUCCAGGGAGCAGAUGGAGAGAGACAUACAGAACCACCUCUUUAUUGAAGCUGGGCAAUAUAAUGACAAUCUGUAUGGUACCUCUGUUGCUUCAGUCAGAGAGGUGGCAGAGAAGGGCAAGCAUUGCAUCUUAGACGUAAGUGGGAAUGCUAUUAAGAGACUGCAAGUUGCACAACUCUAUCCUAUUGCCAUCUUCAUCAAGCCAAAGUCUGCUGAACAAAUUAUGGAAUGGAAUAAACGGAUGACAGAUGAUCAAGCUCGUAAGACAUAUGAGCGUGCUUUGAAAGUAGAAGUAGACUUUGGAGAAUAUUUCACAGCUAUUGUUACAGGAGACACUCCUGAGGAAGUGUAUGCACGUGUGAAGGAUCUGAUUCACCACCAUGCUGGUCCAAAGAUAUGGGUCACAUGUAAGGACAAGCUAUAAAGAAAGCCCUCUCUGGGCCUUAUGAUGCUAGAAUAAUUUGUUGCAUGAUGGACAGGUGUUAUUUCCAUUAUCAGAACUAUUACUGAAGCUUGAAAAAGAUGUUGCUAAUUCAGUCCCUCAAGCUUGGUAUAUCCAAGUAAAUCAUAUCUCCCACAAAUUAUAUACCUUGAAAAAGAUGGGAAAGUCUCCCAAGUGGGCUGAUGACUUUCCCAAUUAUGGGCUGAUUGCCUAUUUAACUCUCAGUGAACUUCUGGAUUUUUGAAGAUAUUAUUCAAGAGAUAUUAUGCUCAUAUAUCUCACGUGGUGAAACUUGUACUUUAGAAACUUUUAAUUGUAUUAUAACAAAGUUUUAUGCCUUUACUACAGCAUGGAGAGGAGAACAUGUAUCAGCCAGUACUGGUUGGGUGAUCAGCUGUUAUCCAGUCCCAGGCUGAAUUGCUGGUUCAUAUAUACAAUGAUUUUUAAAGUGUUAUCAGAUAAUUUCCUUAUCUAAGCCCAUUUGACUCAGGAGUGAUAUCAGCUGAUAAGGACCUUCAUCAUUGACCUUGUACAAAAGAAAAAGUGUAUCAACAGUUUAUAUUAGGUAUGCAAUGUCUGGGGAAAAGGAGGAUGAGAGAUGUCUAGGUUUCUUUGCUUUAGAAUUUACUGUUUUCCCUCAUAUUAUUUUCAUAUUUCCAUCAGUUAUUCUACAAACAUUUGUAAGAAUCCAUUCAGUAGAUGUUGUUAUAGAUACACAGGAGGAAGUGUUCAAUGUUAUUUUCUGAAUACAUGUUAGACUGUGCUGAUUUAGAUUAGUAAUCUUCAACCUUUUAGUAUGUUUUUAAUAAGAUAUGAAUGUUUUCCCAAGAAAUAUACCAGUAAGAGCCUAAUAUUACCAGCAAUCUCAUGGAACUUUCGAGAAAUCCAGCAUUGCAUUUCUGAUAUGAAUUGCAAGUGAUGAAUUACAUAAAUAUAUUCCCUUGUGAAAGUUCACAUUGGUAAUGACAAAUUGACAAUACUUUAUUCUCUUAUGAUGAACACCAGUAGUUGAUGUCUGAUCAGUAUGUUGGUUUGUGUAUAUGGAAAGUAGUAUUCCAGCCUUGCCAUGUGGACUUAACUGAAAGGAUUAUUAUCGUUAUUAUAGAGGAUAUGUCUAAAAGUGCCGAUUGAUUAAUGGUGCAUAGAACCAUAUGAUUUAUUUGAUAAUGAACUCUCAGGAGAAGACUUCCUCCUUCAGAUAUUGCUUGAGCUAAGCCUCAGAAACUGAUGCUGAGGCACGAAUGAGAAACCAAAGUCGUUAAAGUGACAGACCCAGCUAUUUCCUCCCUAACAGAAUUCUUAAGUAGGGUUCAUAAUCUGUCUUAAAUAUGAUCAUAAGUGGGCCCUAAGAGAAUGCUAUUUAUGGUUGAAAUUUGCUGAUUAUGUCACAGAUGUUGAUGCUGUAAUCUCAUACUUUGUUUAGAACUAGUGCUUUAGGCCAUGUCCAAGAAUGAUAGAAUUCUUAGGUUCUUGAUAUCUUAGAUGGAUAAUAUUGUGCAAAGGAUGUAGUAGUAAAAUUUAUCAAAGUUAAGCAAAAAGAACAUGAGUCAGUUGUAUCAUUUGUGUACAUGGGCAUAGUCUUAUCUCUAUGAUCCUUCCCUGGUUGUUCGUAAUUGAGUGGCAGAGUUAGCUUGCUUUGGACUUCACCAGUUUAAGGGUUUUUAACUUAUGUUCUCCACAGGUAAAGUUACAAGAAUAUGAGCCUUACAGAGAAUCCUCAAACUGGCGAACAACCACUUAACUACUGUCCCACUGAAUGAUGUAUAAUGUGUUCAUGAUUUCAGUUGAAGAGAUGAAUGUCUGGUCACUUUUUGUUACAUCAACUGUUUAUGGUAUCAUAGUAUGGAUGAAAUGUUGAUAGGUUUUUAAGGUUAUGUCCUCCCUGUGUCUCAGCCAUAGGCAACAUUGUUGACUGAUGACCCUUUAGAAACCUUAGGACAAGUUGAUACACAUAAAAAGCAAGAUAAAGUCUUGGUCAUGACUUGAACAAUAGAUACAGACAACAGCCAGUGAUCUCUGAUUACUUCAGAGUUAGUGUAUUGGCCCCAAUGUAGUAUUGUUGUAUUGAAAACAGCAAUAUUAGUUAUCUUGAGCCUUACAUAGUCUUAAGUGAAGAUUAAUUUUCUUAUUUAAGAGUGGGAAAAUUAUUUUUUAUUUGAGGCACUUUUGUAAGGCUGAUGAUGUCAGUAUAUGAAAAAAAAAAUACAUAUAUAUAUAUAUACACACCCCAUUCACUGAAGAUAUAAUGUUCUGACUUCAGUUCAAGUUACUUGAGAUGGCUUUGAAUACCUUGAUAUAAAGUUAAUGUAAUGUAAUCAAAACUUCUUAAAUGCUGGAGUCAUGCAAUAUAGAUUCUCUGGCUGAUAAAAAUGUAGCAUAUAUUUUAGAGUAAUGACCUACUUAAUGUAUUGAGGACUAAGCAUUAUAUUUAUGGUGGGUGGUUAGGGUGUAAGAUAUGUGAAUAGAUAUUGCUGUUGCGAUUUGAAACGGUUCGAAAAAGCACUGAAUCCUAGGACAAGAGAAAGAACGGUUAUCAUGUCGUUGUUACAAGUGUGAGUUUUACAAAUUAUUGUUAACAUAUUUUGUCAAUGACCUAUUUAUCUGUAAUACCUCUGAUCUAAGAAGUACUUUCCUUUGUUUUAGUCAUGGUGCCAUUGUACUUUUAUAAUUUUAUUUUAAUUACUCAUCUCAUCUUCAACUCUGCAUUGAUUGUAUGAAAGUUGAUGUCUGUAAAUAUUUAGCUUGCUGCAGUGGGAGCUUUGUUUUCAAUUUUUAUUAUGCUUUUUAAUUUAGUGGAUUCAGUUUUUAGCACAGGAUAUGUGCACUGUACAGUAUAUUAAUUUAUUAUUCAUGAUUCUAUUAAAACAGUUCUCCACAAGCUCCUUCUCAUAUCCUGUAUUUUCCUUAAUAUAUUGCUAUGAGCAUUAUUCCAAAUCUUCAUACAAGGGUUGUCGAGAUGUCUAAGAGAGACUUAUGCUAUUUACCCUUUUAGCUUGAUUCUCACUGUUAGUUGAUAAUGUAAAUGAAUGAAAAAGUAACUAGACUAUUAAUUGAAAUUUGUAUGGUCUCCAUAGUCAGUGUAAUGAAAAUUUAAGUGAGGAACAUUUGAAAAUUAAGCUAUUUCAUGUUAUGCUAUGCAAUAGUAUGGAUUUUAUAAUUUUGUUUUUUUAUCUCAUUUAGUUCAGUGUAAUUAGGGCAGUGUGAAGAACUUUUAUUAUAUGUGUGACCAGUACAUUACAGGAGAAUAAAUAAGUUGCUGAGAGCUCUGAUAAAAAAAACAUGAAAGGGAGAAGCACCUUGAUUAUCAUUCAAAUAGGUGCUGUUUCUGAAGUUUACUAAUAACUGGUACAAAAUGGUAAUCAGAAAAUUUGUGUGUGCAUACAUGUAACAGUUUUAGGAGAAAAUUAAGUUAGCCUUAUAGAAAACACGUUUUUAGUUGCUAUGCGUACAUAUGUUUACUCAUUGAUAUCAGAAGCAGUUACUAUUAAUUUUCUUGUUAUGAGUUUUGUUCUUAAUUAAUUGUUAGUCGAUACAUUAACUUUUUAAAAACUAGGAAUUUCUUCCUUCAUAAUCAUUCCACACUGCUUGUAAGGCAAGAAGCAAAUAGAGAUAAAAAGAUUUUUUUUUUUUUUUUUUUUUUGACUAUGCAGGUUUUAUGCAUUUGGUUGAAAUGAAGAGAUCUUGGCAGGAGUCUAAGAAUUCUGAAAUUAACCCAAAUCAGUGUUUAACUUAAUACCAUUUAUUUACUUGUAUGCUCUACUUCUAUCUGCAUUCACAAAUAAGGGGUCAUUUCCAUUAUGUUUCACUCUUGAUCUUCACAUUGGCGCCAUGGCUACAACAAGUCCUCAGCAAACAACCUUAAACAUUCGCAGCUUCAGUGGAGUGCCUAGUGCAUCCUCUGACGACCUUCCCUCUUCCCCCCUCCAUCCCCUGUACUGUAAAUACAACAUUAUCUCAAAGUAAAA